AAAAAAAAAAGAAAAAAAAAACAGUAUCGAACCCCAACCUCCACCCCCAAUGGCGGAAGGGGACACCCUUCGCUCCAUCUUCGUCGACACCAACCUCGAUACCCAUCUCGCCGUUGCCUUUUCUCCCGACGACACGGUCGCCGAUCUCAAAGGAAAGAUAAGGAGUGAGCAUGCUCUUUGCUUUCCAGAAAUUGGCAAAGUUUCCGUCAAUUCAGUUCAGGUGUAUAUCCACAACUCUUCAUGAAAUCUGGAAGUUUCGAUACACUUACUACGUCAGGCGGAGGGAAUCUUUCUAUAAUAUGUCUGAUGCAAUGCUUGUUAAAAGUGCUUUCAGUGGGAUCAAGGGUGAUUGGUUUCUUCAUGUUAAUCUUAUACCAAUUACCGCGGGGGUCAAGGAUCAAGAGUGUGCCAUGAAUGGGUUGUCAACUCAGAAGGAUCUCAUUCAAACUUCAAUCUCCAAUAUUCAUGGAACUGAAACAUUGCCGGAUUCUGUUCUACAAAAGCAAGCACGCCAAGGCAAUUCAUUAUUGCUGAAUGCCAGCAAUCUUCAAACUCAAGACUUAGUUGUUUCUUCCAAUGAUAAGCUUGUAUCAGAUGAUAAAAAUGUCGCUGAUAACAAAACAAAAAUGGAUGAAAAGGAGGAUAAUCAUGGAGACGUUGCUGCUGGAGCUCAGGAGGAUGUCCCUGCUGUUGCUACUAGCAAAGAAAAAUCUAGGAAAAGGAGUGGUGUCUCACAAAAUGACCCAUUGCCGGUUGAAAAGAAAAAGCGUAAGAAGGAAAAGGAUCAGUCUCUUAAGGAGCCAGACGAGGAUCAAGUUACAGGACACGAAGUUGAAAGUGGUAAUCAAAGUGAAGAGUUGCCUCAAUUGAAAGAGGUUGUUCCUAAUCAGAAAUCUUCAGAAGGAUUUCCUAGUAAAAUAUCUCAUGUUGACUCGGUGCAGCAAACUCAUGUCGAUGUUAAGAAGAAAAGGAAAAAGAAAAAGCAUGUAUCAGAAAGUGAUGAGGCUGCCCGAGAUGACCUAGUUGAUAAAUCACUGAAUAAAGCUGAUGCUGCACUAGGAAAGCAAGCUGCUGAAGAUAAUCAUGUACAAGUAGAUAAGGAUCUUCCAGCAAACUUACACCACAGCAGGAAAAAGGCUAGAGCUGGACAAGAAAAUUCAAGCAAACAUGAUGCUCUUGAUUCUUCUGGAAAACCAGUAAAUGGAGAGAAUGGAGCAUCUGAAAACAGCCAUGAUAAAUUAAAUAAAUUCUCUGCUAUUGGCAUAGAAGAAGAAAAUCUGGGUAAUGAAGAUCCCUCCAAGAUUAGUGCCAAAAGUUCGCUGCAAAGAAGAAAGAAAAAAAGUGAAAUGGCUAAUGCUCAGCCUAACACACAUGAAACUCAGUAUAAAGCGUCAAACACCCAAGCUCUUGAAGCUUCUAUUGCAGUUGAAGCUACAGUUCCUUCCAAUCUUAAUGACAAGAAGUCAAAACAUAAUAAGAAAAGAUUGGAAAAGAUAGAAAAAGUCACUAAGGAGAAGCCAAGAGAAUGUUUGAAAGGUGAUCAUAUUCAACAUGAAGGUGAAAAACCAGAGGCAGAUGGUUUUAGAGCAGUUGCAGUUGUUGCAAAUCCUGCAACGAUUGAUUCGACAAUUGUUUUGAACCCUGGUGACAAGAAGUCAAAGCUCAGUAGGAGGAAGACGGAGAAAACUGAAUAUGCUAGAAAAGAAUCUUUCAAGAGCAAAGCUACCGAUAGUUCCGUGAAAGAGACCAGUAAAGAGAUCAGGGAAGAUACAACAGAAACAAAUCUAAGAGAGGCCGCAGAUAUAAUAAUCAACCUUCGAGACGCCUCUGGAGAACAAAAGAAAAGAGGAUAAAUGUGCAGUGCCAGGUAUGAGACGAGAGACCCAUUAUCUGAAAUUUAGUGUAUUCGUGAAUAAAUCUCACAAUUUCUGUGUUUAUAUGAUGUUCGCCACCAAGCCUUUUUAGAUGUUCGUUUGUUUAUUUUACCGUAUUCUUUUAAAGAGGGCCAUCCUUGAUAUACUUCUCUACUGAUUUAUUUGCCUACCAAAUCCCACUUUGGCUUGACCAAUGGAUAAUCUAGUUUCUCUCUCGCAUUCUUAUUAUAUGGCAUAUUAAUUAAGAGCCGUCAGCUAUACCUAUCCUCUUAUAAGGCUUUUAUACUCUUGACUAAUCUGAAUUACAACCAGAAGUUAUCUUUGUUUGGUAAUUUUUCAGUUGAAGCUAAAUAUAACUUUUGGUUCUUUUGUUUUGAUGAUUCAUUCUUCUUUUUCUAUAAUAUGGUGGUGUUUAAAAAGAGAUGCUAAUUGUUCUUUUCCCUUUCUUGAGUUGAUUUUUUUGUAGGCCGAGACUGCUGAAAAUGAUGCUAAUGCGACGAGGGAUAAUGUGAUUUGGAGUAUGCCUAUUUUGUGGAUAGAGAAACUACUGGUCUUUUGGUGUACUCUAGAGUACAAACUUGUGCUGUUCGUUUUGGUAAAGCGAGUACUUGAACACCGAAUGAAUAAGAGUUGGUAGAUCAACUAAGAAGUAAGGUCAUCUUUUGUAGGUUAUCUUUUUGUGUUGUAUGCACAUCAUGUCGAAUGGAUGAUCUCCUCUUUUUUGUUGUAUCACUCAUCUUUGAUGGAGGCUUGGUAUCUCCUCCUGCCGUCGCUAAUCUCACAGAAAAUAUGUGGUUUGUAACGUAUUUUGCAUCCCUGUUUGACUUCAUGGGUGUCCUAACAUAACUUCAUCUUUUUAACAAGUUUGGUUUUAGAUAUCU